CCUCGGGCGCAGAGGGCGUCGGCGACCCGCGCUGCGGUGCUCCGCGGCUCGGACGCGUUUAUCACCCGAGAGGGGGAAUGCCGCCCCCUCCCCGCCCCCCAGGUGACGGUGUCACCGCUUCCGGCCUCGACGUGGGGCCCGCGCCACCUCCCAGGACUGUGCCACUGUCCGCGAAUGCUGGGCCGCGCCGAGCCUCAGUUUCCUCGCCUAUGAAAUGGAUGCGCGCCCGCCGCGGGUUCGCGGGGGUCCCCAAAGUGUGGCCUGUUGUUGUGAGCCAAGUUGGGGAAGGUGCCUGUUCCCGAGGCGGCCAGCGGCCACUCCGCCGGCGUCAGUGGCAGACAACCCCCCUCCAGCUGUGGCGGGGGUGACGCUAGACCCUUUUUGGUGGCUGUGCCCCAGGCAGGACACCGAGGCUGGCGGAGUCACGAACCCCGAGCUUUAUCCUGAAGUCCCCUCGAUUGCGAACUCGCGUUUUCCUCCCCUCACUUCUGCCAGAGAAGGGUCGUCUCGGAGGAGGGCAGAGGUGGAUAGUGGGCUUAGUGGCUUCCUUUCCCUCAGUCUCCUCCCUCCUGCCUGUUCCGUGGAGGCCAAGCCUGAAUGUGGGGGCAGGGCUCUCUGAGGGGUGAACCCUGCGGGGCUCGGUGUGUGGGUCCGAGUCAGCUGCUGUGUGGCUGCGGUGGCCCAGUAUGUUGGGACAUCACCUGUCUGUGCUUGGCAGCCCUGAGCGAGGCGUGAUUCUCCAACCUGGCAGGAGAGAGACUGAGGCUGAAGGGUCAGGGGACCCUCCAUCCAUCCAUCCAUCCAUCCAUCCAUCCAUCCAUCCAUCCACCCAUCCACCCAUCCACCCAUCCAUCCAACCAACCAUCCGUGGCCUCUGUGCCAAACCUGGAGCCGGCACUACCCCUAGGCAGGCAAAUGAAAGAUGCUUUUCCAAGGGAGCUUCCAGCCCAGAGGUGUUCCCGCCUUUGAGCUGCUCUGGCCAUAUUUUAAAAUGCUGGGAGAUUUCCUGGGGGUUGGGCUGGACAUCAUGUGAUGACAGUGACAGUUCGGUUAGGAGCACCUCUGGGCUGUGGGCUCUCCUGCCUUAUUUAACUACACACUUGGUCCUUCUACCCACCCCAGUAGGUAGGUAUUCUCCCUUAUUUGUGGGCAAGAAAAUGAGAUCGUAUAGCUCAUCACUGGGAGGCCCAGAAUGUAAAUCAGGGCCGUAUGAUUCUUAAUAACAUUAGGAACAAUGAUAAUGCUAAGUUGUAGCUGAUAUUUAUUGGAUGCAUGCUGCAUGCUGGCCAGGAUACUCAGACCUCUGUAUUUAAUCUUUGUGAAAAUCCUAUACAGCGGGUACUAUUAUUAUCCCCAUUUGAAACAUGAGAAAUCAAAAGCAAAGAAAGGUUGAGGCAUUUGCCGGAGACCAUGCACGUCAGCUGGGAGCUGGCAGAGCUGGGAUUCGAAUAGCACCAAUUCGUUUUAUUACCACAAGGCGCUCAGGGCGGCCACACAGGGUCUGUUUUGGAUGUAAGAGACAGAAAUCCCUCUCCCAAACAGAAGUUUAUGUCUGUCUUAUUUGAAUGAAGCCUGGGGGUGAAGCAGCUCAGGGUUUCUACAUCACAACCCAAGGUGGCUACUCUAGCUCCACCCAUUACCUCUGCAUCCCAGGUGACCAGAGUUAGAGCUGAAGAGGGGCAGUGCCUCCUUUUAAGAACAAUUCUCGUGAGAUCUUUCUGUUUAAAUUCUAUCGGUCUUAACAUAGUCACAUGAGCACAUCUAGCUGUAGGGAUUCUAAGCCAAAAAUCUAGCUCCCCCACAGUCAAAGAAAACACAGACCUGGAUAGUUGUUAAAAAUAGUAAACACAGAUUUUAUUGAGGGCUCUUGCAGUAGGGGAAAAGAGCUGUUGGUCUUGAAGCCAGUUCGACGCCGAAUACGGCAUGGGCAAGUGGGAGUUUAUAGCCAAGGAGCAGCUUAAAAUCAUUGCAUGGAAACUUAAUGUGGGGGGGGGGGACGUCAGGGGUUCGGGGAGGAUUCUGGCUAAACCCACCCGACAGGAUUUUUGCUGAGGGCAAGCCGGGUGAUCAGAUGUCACCUGGGGGUGAUACCAGAUGUGAGGCUGACCAGGCAUCAGAGUGGGGGACUCUUGCUAAACUCAAACAGCAGGGUUUUGUUAAAAUUGGAUUUUACAGGAAGGGCACAGGUGAGCCUGUGAUAGAUUUUGGGAGCCUGACUCAAGUCUGGUCAAGUAAAGAAUCUUUGUCACCGCUUGGGGAGAAGAGGUGAAGGAGUAUGGCCCUUCCUGCACCCCAGAGUCCUCUUCGUAGGACACUGUGGCCCCUGCCAUUUGGAGAGGCACCAGGCAUGGGGGCCCAACCACCCUGUGUGAGCUGCCCAAAGCUGUCAGGUAACAAGAGAGAGGAGGCUUAAGCCCAUGGCACCUGUAAUUUCCCGUGUUUUGACCCAGGGGCAGCCAGUCAGUGGGUGCCGGUUUCUGCCGGACCAGAACUCCUGACCCACAUCCUCCCUCCAGAGGCCAAACAGGCAGGACAGGUCUCACAGUGUGGGCGUUUCUGACCCAGAUGCAGGACAGCGGCCAGCACUGGGCAGGGGUGGGGGGUGACUUACCAAGGCCAUCCGUCUGGGCUCAGUUCUGUUUCUCUUGCAGGGGGUGCAGAUAGGGGUCACAGGAUUAUCCUUGAUAAUCGCAAGUUAUUUCAGACUAAAUGGCAUGAAGAAAGCAACUAAUACCUGUCACUUUCUACAAAGCUGUUUUACAAAACAUCUGACUUGCUGUCACCCUGGAGGCAGGGAGAGGCUAAGGAAUGUGGCCCCAUUUAGGAAGGAAACCCCUGACCUCACCAAAGCCCCUUUCUCCCUGUCGGAGGCCAUCAGCCCUGUGUGUUCUGGACCGAGCCCUCGGGAGGGGAAGCAGCACCAGGUGGUGAACUAAGAACUUCCUCCCCCUUCCUGGGAGCCCAGGGUGUGGGGCCAUGUCCUGACUUAGGCCACAUGGAGCCUCGGUGGGAAUCCAGGCCAGUGAGGUGCCACCCUUGCUGACAUGAUGAUUAGCGAGUGAUGCCGGGGUCUCCUCUACGUGGCCAGCAGAGAGCUGGAGCUCCGAGGGCCCUGGGAAGGUGGGAUGCUAUGGAAUAUGAUGAGAAGCUGGCCCGGUUCCGGCAGGCCCAUCUCAACCCCUUCAACAAGCAGCUGGGGCCAAGGCAGCAUGAGCAGAGGGCCAGCGAGGAGGCCCCAGACUUCGCUUCUGAAGAGGCCCUGCCUGAGUUGCCCCCUGGAGAGCCAGAAUUCCACUGCACUGAGCGAGUGAUGGAUCUCGGCCUUUCGGAGGACCACUUCUCCCGCCCUGUGGGUCUCUUCCUGGCCUCUGACAUUCAGCAGCUGCGGCAGGCCAUCGAGGAGUGCAAGCAGGUGAUUCUGGAGCUGCCCGAGCACUCGGAGAAGCAGAAGGAUGCCGUAGUUCGGCUCAUCCACCUCCGGCUGAAACUCCAGGAGCUGAAGGACCCCAAUGAGGACGAGCCCAACAUCCGAGUCCUCCUCGAGCACCGUUUCUACAAGGAGAAGAGCAAGAGUGUCAAGCAAACCUGUGACAAGUGCAACACCAUUAUCUGGGGGCUCAUUCAGACCUGGUACACCUGUACAGGCUGUUAUUACCGCUGUCAUAGCAAGUGCUUGAACCUCAUCUCCAAGCCCUGCGUGCGCUCCAAAGUCAGCCACCAAGCGGAAUACGAGCUGAACAUCUGCCCCGAGACAGGGCUGGACAGCCAGGAUUACCGCUGCGCGGAGUGCCGGGCGCCCAUCUCUCUGCGGGGCGUGCCCAGCGAGGCCCGGCAGUGUGACUAUACCGGCCAGUACUACUGCAGCCAUUGCCACUGGAAUGACCUGGCUAUCAUCCCUGCACGAGUUGUGCACAACUGGGACUUUGAGCCGCGCAAGGUGUCCCGCUGCAGCAUGCGCUACCUGGCACUGAUGGUGUCUCGUCCGGUCCUCAGGCUCCGUGAGAUCAACCCUCUGCUCUUCAACUACGUGGAGGAGCUGGUGGAGAUCAGGAAGCUGCGCCAGGACAUCCUCCUCAUGAAGCCAUACUUCAUCACUUGCAAGGAGGCCAUGGAGGCACGUCUGCUCCUGCAGCUCCAGGACCGGCAGCAUUUUGUGGAGAACGAUGAGAUGUACUCUGUCCAGGACCUGCUGGAUGCGCACACGGGCCGCCUCAGCUGCUCGCUCACGGAGACCCACACACUCUUUGCCAAGCACAUCAAGCUGGACUGUGAGCGGUGUCAGGCCAAGGGCUUCGUAUGCGAGCUCUGCAGAGAGGGUGAUGUGCUGUUCCCCUUCGACAGCCACACGUCCGUGUGCACCGAGUGCUCUGCUGUCUUCCACAGGGACUGCUACUAUGACAACUCUACCACGUGCCCCAAGUGUGCCCGGCUCACCUUGCGGAAGCAGUCACUCUUCCAGGAGCCUGGUCCAGAUGUGGAUGCCUAGAGCAGCAGGCACCCCCCCACCCAAGCCUGUCUGGCAUCCAACCUGCUGGUCAUUGCCAAAGUCAAGGUGUUUUUUGUGUUCUGGAGACCCCAAGGGUGCAGCCCCUGGACGUCUCCCUUGUGCUGGGCCGGAGGGGUGUAAGCAGCACCAUGAGGCCCGUCAUCUGUCUCCCAGGCAUCUGCUGGGAUGUGGUGCAGCCUGGCUCUUUGCUGGGUGUGCUGCUGUGAAGGCUUCAGGGCUCCGUAAGCAGGGGAGUGGGCAAAGGGCGUCUCACCUCCCCGGUGGCAAAGAGCCUUGGGGCCGAGGCUGCUGGGCUUUGGCCACCCUGAAAACCCAGAAAGGACUUUGUGGGAGUAGCCAACAAACCCUGGGGAUGCUGGCUACAUACACCCAGACUUGGCCUGAGGAAAAUCUGCAAUGGAUGAUUUGGAUCUACCUGGAGGCUCCCAUCCCCCAGCCCCUUGUCUGUUUGGAGACUUCUAGUUGUCUCUGGCUGGGGUCGUCCACAACUGUCUCCUGAGGGCUCUGCCCCUGCCUCUUGAGGUUCUGUCUCUAGGUUCUCCUCCGACAGGACCAGCCCAGGGGUUACCUGUUCUGUGCAACGUGGAGGGAAGGGGGCCGUGGUCUCUUCCUCCUGCUCCCCCCUGCCGCUGCUCAGCCCAGCCUACCCUGGUGCUCCAGGCUGGGUGGCUGGGGGUCCAGCUGGGAGAGGCUGUCCUGCUUCCCAGUUUGGAGCAGGGACUAUGCCCCUGGGGGAAUUCUAGGUUAGGCAACGGGGUUGGCAGCAGUAGGCCCGUGUGGCUCUUCUGGGAACUCUCUGCCUGAGGAGCUCCAUGCUGCUGCCACAGUGCCUGCGGAGGGCUCUGGACGGCCCAGAGACCACCAGCCAGUGGUCUUUUGCUUGGGGCCUGGAGGUGCUGGGAGUAUUUGCUCAAGGGAGCUUUGGGCAGGAAUCUUAGAGCCCAUGCGGGAAGCCUGGAGCACAGGAUGUGGAAGGUCCGGUACACCAGCUGGCAAAUGGGGCCCUGAGGCAGAGGGUGAGAACCCACAGGUUCUUCACUGGUGGAGCCACAGUCAACCUCGCUAUUUGCAGGGACGUUUUGUGCUUUAGAGACCUUGCCGUUGAGGGGGGAGUCCUGUGGGAAGGGGACAUUUCAGGAUGUGGCUCUCCAGCCUUUUGUGCCCUCUUGCCCAGACUGUGGUCAGCUGUUGAUGCACAUGGUUGACAUACAUAUGUGGUGGGGGUGGGGUGGGCAGGGAACACAGCCACUUGGGUAUCCAUCACCUUUGGCUAGGAAACCCAAGAGGAGAUGCUUCAGCCAGCAGAAAAGUCGGCUUAGCCUGCUGGAGGAUCAGAGCGGUGGCUAAAGACCGUGUCCCCUCCUCCUGGCCCUUCUGCGCCAUCAGAAAAGCCUCCGUUGGUGGCUUUAGGCAAUCCUCUCGCUGAGUGUUCUGAUCUGCCUUGGGGUAACAGUGAGAAGCAAACAUUGGUGAGGUUGGGUCAACAGGUCCCUGCCCUGCUUCCCCUUCCUCUCGAGGGCUGAAGAGGGGCUUAAGGUCCAGAUGCCCUUUUCCUGCACCCCCAGAUCCACACAUUUUCCACCACUGCUUUCCGUUUCUGUCAGAAGGAUACUGGCCAUUCCCGGCUUUACCGCGUAAUGGACGUCACAUCAUUGUAGUUACAAUCGCCACGUCCUUAGAAAGCAUUAAUAAGUUGCCAUCUGCUGGACGAGGAGUUGGCCCCCUUUUCUUUUUAACAACCCCCAUUCCCUCCUCCCCCAAUAUCGCCAUCUUCCCCUUCUGGAUGACCGAGUCUUUAAACGAGAUCACGUGUGGGUCUUGGAAUCCAAGCACUGUAGCCGGAACCCACCAAAGAGCCAGUUUGCACGGCCCGCGCUUCACAGAAAAGCAGCAAGGGACACCUGGUUGUACUGACGCCAUAGCCGCUGUCUCAUUAAAUCUGUGUUCUCUAGA